CAGCCAAUCAGAUCGCUUCCCUGCUACGUUAGCGCAGAUCUGGCAAAACAACAGCCCGUCGGAGCUAGCUUCCUGCUUAGCAUUAGCAUUAGCAACGUAGCCACGGUGAAACUGAACGCGUAAAAUGUCGAUUUAGCGAAAGCGUUUGCUUCUGGUGGAUGUUAUCUUCGCUUUGGCGCUAGUGGACGCUGAAGGCAGAGCUAACCGGGGCUGCUGACGCGCUGUGAGGUGCUAGCUAACCGCAGCUAACAUCGGCGAUCCAGCGGAGAAAGAUGGGGUCCAUCCUGAGUCGCAGAAUCGCUGGUGUUGAGGAUAUCGAUAUCCAGGCCAACUCGGCCUAUCGAUUUCCACCAAAAUCGGGGAAUUACUUUGCGAGCCACUUCUUCAUGGGAGGAGAGAAAUUCGACACACCACAUCCUGAGGGAUACCUUUUCGGAGAAAACAUGGACCUGAAUUUUCUUGGAAAUAGGCCGGUGCAGUUCCCAUACGUGACGCCUGCACCUCACGAGCCUGUGAAAACUCUGAGGAGUCUGGUCAACAUCAGAAAGGACUCUUUGCGUUUGGUCAGGUAUAAAGAUGACUCUGACACACCGGUGGAAGAAGGUGGAAAACCAAAGGUUCAGUACGGUGUGGAGUUCACCUUCGAUGCUGAUGCACGAGUGGCCAUCACUCUCUACUGUCAAGCAUUUGAGGAGUUCUCCAACGGGAUGGCAGUGUACAGCCCUAAGAAUCCGUCGCUGGUCUCUGAAACUGUGCACUACAAGCGAGGGGUGAGCCAGCAGUUCUCCAUGCCGUCUUUCAAAAUCGAUUUCAACGAGUGGAAAGAGGAAGACCUGAACUUUGACCUGGACCGAGGAGUGUUCCCCAUGGUGAUCCAGGCUGUGGUUGAUGAAGGGGACGACUGCCUCGGACAUGCUCACGUACUUUUGGCAGCCUUUGAAAGACAUGUUGAUGGCAGUUUCUCCGUCAAGCCUCUGAAGCAGAAGCAGAUUGUGGACCGUGUGAGCUACCUCUUACAGGAGAUCUAUGGGAUCGAGAACAAGAACAACCAAGAAACCAAGCCCUCAGACGAUGAGAACAGUGACAACAGCAACGAGUGUGUUGUCUGUCUGUCUGACUUGAGAGAUACGCUCAUCCUGCCCUGCAGACAUCUGUGUCUCUGCAACUCCUGCGCAGACACGCUGCGUUACCAGGCCAACAACUGUCCCAUAUGCAGGCUGCCCUUCAGAGCCUUGCUGCAGAUCAGAGCUGUGAGGAAAAAGCCUGGGGCUCUUUCCCCCGUGUCUUUCAGCCCUGUUCUGGCUCAGACUAUGGACCACGAGGAGCACUCAGGCACAGACUCAGUUCCUCCCGGCUUUGAACCCAUCUCACUGUUGGAGGCUUUGAAUGGUCUGCGGUCAGUGUCUCCUGCCAUCCCGUCUGCCCCCCUCUAUGAUGAAAUCAACUUCUCAGGGGGUCUGGGAGGUGACGGCAGACAGCUGAGCUCCCCGGAGCAUUUAAGUGAUGGCAGUCUGCAGAAAGGAAAAGUCAGCAAGUCACCUGACAGCACCCUUCGGUCUCCAUCCUCUCCCAUCCAGGAGGAAGAUGAAGAGAAGCUGUCCGAGAUGUCUGACGCUCAGCCGCACACAAUGCUGUCCAGCAGCCCUGCUCCCACAGACGGCACAGCAACCGAGGAUGUGGCAGAAUCCCUGUCUCCAGAUGAUGAGGACAGGAUGCAUGCUGGAGGAGACAUCCUACAGGACUGCAGCAGUGAACACAGCAGCUUGACCAAAACAGAGAGCGACCCACCGGGCGACUUGUCUCUGCCAGCUCUCGGUCCUGAUGCCUGCUCUAUUGGUAUGGAGGAAUAACUGUGGGUCAUCAGAAUCAACAGAAAGCCUGAAAAGUCAGAGCACAAACUGUUCCAGCCAGCCUCUCCUGUGUCCUGCGAGCAGCAUUCAUAUGGAGGAUGAGCACCUCAACCCCUGACUCUGAUCCAGCCUUUUACCCUCCCAUCCAUCAGAACAGAUUUAUGCUUUACAAAGAUCAUCCACUCCCUCUAUUCCUUUGACCCCCCUCCUCCCCCACCAGCCCCAUCCUCUGCUCGUGUGAUCGGAGCCAACAAAGUCCUGGAAACCUAGUCCACCAUAAUGAGGAAGGACUGCGUUUACCCUAUUCUAUGACUGAAGAUUUAAAAAAAAGAAAAAUGUUUCCAGAGAGCUUUGAAAACAUUGAAUUAACUGUCAGAUGGUGUUCAGUUGUGCGUCUUGACCCGAGUUGUGGUCUAGUAAUGUGGAUUCCAGAGAUAUUUCACUACCUGUCACGGUGGUGCUUUUAAGCACACUUACUUGCUUGACACUAAAUUCAGAAGAAUUUCUAAAAUACGGUUUGUGUUUAGAUAUCGUAUUCAUGCGUGAAACACAUUAAUGAGUUGUUUUUUCAGGCAGGUUGAUUUGGGUUAUGAGCAGAAACUUUGAAAACAUUACUUAUGUAUCUGUGUGUCCAUUUCAAGUGAUUUUGCACUCCAACAAAAUCGUUUAUAAUCCAUUCCUUAUAACAAGAGUUUAUGAUGGGAUAAGUUAAAAGUUUUAUGCAGUCUUAAACAUCUAAAUGUCACUUUUUGUUAUUAUUUCAAAUUAUGUGAUAUCUAUGUAUCAUAACUGUACUAGAAUCCUGUGUAGUUACUUCAAAAUUGUAAACUUGCAUAUUACAAAUAGUAAACAAAAAAAAAAAAGAUUAAAUAAUUCCUGAUAUUGAAGUAAUGGAAGUAGAUUCAGUUAACAUGCACAUUAUUUAAGACUUCAGUAAGAGCUACAGAUUCACAUCCUAACAGCUGAACUCAAAGAUGGCUAAAGCCUGCAACAAGCCUAGAUGCUCCAGCUACAUGUAUGCUGACUCAGUACGGCACAGUGACGUGUGCUUGUCGUAGAUGUGGCACAUCUGUACGGUCUUUGUGGCAACGCCAGUGUCUGCUUAUGUGAUGUAGCUGCAAAAAAAACAAAAUGGGUCAGGUGUUUGUGCGGCUGCAACGCCUUUACUUACCUUGGUCCUGUAUGUGUAGCGCCAUGCAUAUAGAUCUUUGUGCCUUGAAUUGAUAUGGCUGCCUGCUUGUUGCAUUGGACAUUAGUGUUCUUAUAAAUGCCACAAUAUACAAGUUUUCAGCCCGUAGACAGGAUUUUUUGAUGCUAAUGUACAGAGCCUUUUUUUUUUUUUCUAUCGCAAACUUCAUGCUACUGGAAAAUGUAUCUUGUCAUUGUUAUUCCAAAUAUUAAACUGAACUGUUCAUUUACUAUGUUAUCGCCAUGUAUCAAUUAUGCAUUUAAUCUUAGUAUUUAGGUUAAAGUGGAUUCGUCUAAUGUACGUUUGAUUGGAAGGAACACAUCCAAUGCAAUAAAUGCAAACGUUGCAUUUUAAUAAUUGGGCUAGCAUUUGCAUGUGAAUUUGUAGAGGCUUAAACCUCACUGCUCUUUAGUAACAUGGUUAUUUUGUCUUCCCCUCCCCUCCUCUUCUGUGCCAUUUCAACUUGACACUGUGCCUUCCUGUUCCCUUUUUUGACCACUAUUGACCUGGUAUCCAGGAAAACUCCACAGUAGGUGGUUUGUGGCUCUCUGUUAAAUCAAUACCCGUCUUUCCUGGUGUGUAUAGCAGCAUGUGUAUAACAAUAAAGAACAAAGAUUCUGUACUUCAAA